UCUCUACCAUCGAAAUCUCGUUUCUCGGUCCAUCCGUUUCCCGAUAAUCGAGGCCGUUGCUUUUUCAUCUUUUAAUUUAAUAAUAAUAAUAUAAAUCCCUAAUUUCUAAUUAUCUUUUUGUUAGACCCUUUGAGAAGCUCCUUCUCCAACAGAGACAGAGAGAGAGAGAGAGGGAGAGGGGCAAAGCAAGGGCAAAAUCGCAAAUUUCGAUUCGAGUUGCAAAGCUGGAAAUCUCUAUGGCUGAAUGGAUUUCAGUGGAUUUCUAGGGUUUGACGGUGUUUUUCGUAGCUUUUGAUGGAAACUCAGGGCAUUGCUUAGGGUUUCAGAAGAAGGAUUGAAUUUCUGAGGUGGGUUUUCAUGGGUUGAAGGAAUGAUGGGGAUCUGCAGUGACGACAGUGAAGAAGAUCGGUUCUUUGACUCUAGAGAGGAUAUUUCGUCAGUUUCCGAUUCGGGGUCUGAUUGUGCGGACGGGUUCGAUUCAAGCACCAGGUUUCUUGAUUGGGUCUCGGGUAAUUUCCGUUACGAGGUCUGGAUCGCGAGACCGGAUAGUGUACAUGAGCGCCGUGACAAGUUCUUGAGAUGGAUGGGUUUGGGUCUGGAUCAGAGCGAUGGGAGGAGUUUGGAUUCGAUUGAUCCAUCGGAUGAGAUUUCGCCUGAUGUCGAUCGGGUCAUGGAGACAAGUGGGGCCGUGUUGAGGAACUCUGAUUGCGGAGAUGAGUUCUCGUCGAGUCGGUCCUCCAUGUCUACCUGUUCUGGCGAUGCACCUGAUUCGUCCGUGGAUGGCCUUUUGGAGGAGAAUUUCAUGUGUCGUAUUAGGAAUUUGGAUGAUGGGACAGAGUUCAUUGUUGAUGAAUUGGGGCAGGAUGGGACACUGAGUAGACUUCGGGAAGUGGGUUCUAACCGGUUGUAUACUGUCGAUGAGUUCCAGAGGGCACUUGGGUUGUCGCCAUUUGUGCAGCAGUUUAUGCGGAGAGAAGCUGCAGCAACAGCAGCGAGCAAUUUGGGUGCAGUGACAAAGAGAAAGAAGAAGGGAUGGUUGUGGAGAUUGGGAGCCGUAGCUUGUGCUGUGGAUAGGCAAGGAGAGGAAGGCGAAUUGCAGUCUGAUGAUCUGCACCCGAGCACAGGGGCUUGGAGUUGGACUCGUAGAGUUCGGGUCCGCUCGUAUAAGAAGCGUUGCAAGGAAUUCUCUGCUCUUUACAUGGGUCAGGAGAUCCAAGCUCACGUGGGUCCAAUCUUGACCAUGAAGUUUAGUCCUGAUGGGGAGUACCUGGCAAGUGCAGGUGAGGAUGGCAUUGUGCAUGUGUGGCAGGUGAUGGAGUGUGAAAGAAGGGAUGAAGAUGAUGUUAAUGAUCUUGAUCCUUCCUGCAUGUAUUUCACUUUGAAUGGUUCUUCUGAAUUAGCUUCCCUUUUUGUGGAUAAAGAGAAAUUGGGUAAAUUCAGGAGGAUGAAGAAAACAUCCGAUUCGGCGUGCGUCAUUUUACCCCCAAAAGUUUUCCGGCUAUCAGAGAAACCACUGCAUGAGUUCCAUGGGCACAGUGGCGAGGUGUUGGAUCUGUCAUGGUCGAACAAUAAGUAUCUACUGUCAUCAUCUGUGGAUAAAACCGUUCGCCUGUGGCAAGUGGGACGCGACAGAUGCCUCAAAGUUUUUUCCCACAACGAUUAUGUGACAUGUGUUCAGUUUAAUCCGGUUGAUGACAAAUACUUCAUCAGUGGCUCGAUAGAUGGAAAAGUCCGCAUUUGGGCCAUUCCCGAUUGCCAUGUUGUUGAUUGGACAGAUAUAAGGGAAAUAGUCACUGCCGUGUGUUACCGUCCUGAUGGGCAGGGUGGGAUAGUUGGCUCCAUGACCGGCAAUUGUCGCUUUUAUGAUGCAUCAGAUAAUCAUCUGCAACUGGCCAAGCAACUAUACUUGCAGGGUAAGAAGAAGUCCCCGGGCAAAAGGAUAACUGGAUUUCAGUUUUCUCCAACUGAUCCUACAAAAGUAAUGGUUACUUCUGCUGAUUCACAAGUCCGAAUUCUUGAUGGGGUCGAGGUUGUCUGGAAAUACAAGGGCCUCAGAAAUGCUGGAAGUCAAAUAUCUGCAUCAUUCAGUUCAGAUGGGAGGCAUAUCAUCUCUGCGAGCGAGGAUUCCAAUGUCUAUGUAUGGAACUACAAUACCCCAGAGAGGCCCACCCCCCAUCAGGCGAAGAGCAUCUGGUCUUCUGAGCGCUUCUUCUCCAGCAAUGUGUCGGUUGCAAUACCUUGGCCCGGCAUGAAAUCUGUAAAUUCAGCCCCACCUUCAUCUGGAACCCCGUCUGAUCAGCAAGUUCGUCAGGACCUGACAGGAAGUUCGGAGAAUGGUCGCCGUGGCAGCUCAGAUUUUUUGCAGAACAUGCCUUCUUUUUCAUCUCCUGACCAUUGCUUGCUGGGCCGUGGAUUCUUCUUGGAAGUUCUGCCCAAAGGAUCUGCAACUUGGCCAGAGGAGAAGCUUCCCGCAUCUGGCUUGCUGACAGUGUCGUCUGCCAUGUGCAAAUCCCAGUACAAGUUUCUGAAGACGUCUUGCCAGAACACUGUCACAGCCCCUCAUGCAUGGGGCUCAGUGAUCGUUACUGCAGGGUGGGAUGGACGGAUUAGAUCAUUCCACAAUUAUGGAUUGCCAGUUCGUUUGUGACAUUACAGUGGUGGCAUGAUUGUGUAUCCUGUACAUGGCCAUUUCUACACAUUUUGUAGCUGACAUUUUGCGCUAUCCCAUUUGGCUGAGAGAGAUGAUGCAGAAUAGUUGCUGAUCUGGGCCCAAUCAUGUAAAGAGAAACGCAGCACUGUGUUCAGCCCUCCUGAAUUGGAAUGCUGACCUUUGCUGUAUGAGAUGCGGUGGCCAUCAAGACUCUGCAGUGUCAAAAGCCAUAGCCGGUCCAAGUCCGAAUUAUUUGUAGGCUUGUGCAAGGGUAGAUGAAACUCUUUGCUUCACCUUUUGUGGGCUUCGGAUGUGUACUGUAAUCCAGUCAGGUGCGACGGCUGGCAAUGAUUUGGUGGCGUGCUGUGUUCCAAUCGGAUCAUAUAGCAAGUGGUCGGGAUUGUUUUUGUUGGAUAAGGAGAUCCCAUUUAAUUAUAAAAUUCUUUUAUUUUUUUACUUGAUAUGAUCAUGGCGAACUGUACAAGGAAGACAGGGAAGAAGGCCAUUGGAGGGAUGUGAAUGAUUCAGGUGAGUGGGGGGGCCUCCAUAACCCUUAAAAAAAAGAAAUGGAUUGGGGAGGGAGCUAGUGGUGGAGAUUUUUCCAUGGCAAUUUCGUGGUGAGGAAAUGUUGGCUUGCAUGAUUGAGUUGUGACUGUAAUUGUACCCAUGAUUGGUCUUGUGAUGGGCCCCACCAGCAUCCCUCAUGGGGGGUCAAUGUUGGAGCAGCUGGAAUCUUCUACACUGGUUGUCACUCUUUUGGAACAGGUGAUGUUUCAUCUUCAGGCGAUCUCACUCAUUUCUACCACUUUUGGAUGUUGAUGUUUAUUAUCAUCAUAUACCUGCAAACGUAUCUCGAUGAUUUGUGGCUCGCCUGAUUUGUCUUACUGAUGGAUGUGCAAUGCUGUAGUGCUCUUAUUGUGUCCACGGUGGGGCCAGUUUUGAAAGGAGGGAUGUCUUUCUUAACUUGGAGAGGUGUUAUGAAUUAGUAUUUGUAACUGUAAUUUAUCUACCAAAUGAAAAAAAAAAAAGAAAAAAAAGAAAAGAA